AUGGUAGCGCGUCUGACUCCAGAUCAGAAGGUUGCGUGUUCGAUUCACGUCGGGUUCAAUUACCUAACCCAUAUCAUAAUAUUAGUAUCGUUGAUUUCAUUCUUUUGA